UUUGGAUUCAGAGCUGAGAGCUGGAUGGGACUUGUGGAGGAGCUGGGAGUAUUUUCAUUCUUUCUGACAGAGGCAGAUGAGCAGACUGGUUUCUGACUGAUCCUGAGUUCCUCCUGAAAGAGUACCGCUGUAGCUCUGGGAUACGGCAGCAUUCCUGUUUUCGUCCGACUGAUUUCCCUCCGUGUUUGAGGCUCUCCGGCUGAGCAGCUCUACCUCAGAAUAAACUUUUCCAGCUGAAGCUGUGAAACGAGGUCCUUUGGGGACCCAACAUGGCCGCCGUGGGGCUGUCGCUGCUGCUGGUGCAGGUGAUGACGGUGGUCUGCGGCUCGUCUCUGGUGGCGAUGAACUCUGGAGUCCAGGUGCAGAGAGGUGGCUGGGUUUUUAUCACGGACACUGAGCUGCAGAUCAGCGUGGACGCCAGCGCAGAUUGCAAGGUGGAGGUGGUGAUGAACGAACCAGUGACUCAGAGAGUCGGGACUCUGAGUCCACAGGUGUUCGACUGCAGCUUCCUGCAGGAGAAGGUGAAGUACGUCCACAAUGGCAGUCCUCUGCUGGACGAGGACUCGGUGAUGCUGCGAGUAUACAAGUUCAUGUCUUCGGAUACGCUGGUGGAGACGGUGAUCCUCAGAGUCCAGGUGGUGGACCCAGGGUCCAGAGUGGUGGAGCUGGGCAGCACAGCGCUGGUGGUUCCUCAGUUCUUUGGUUUGUCCAACGCCAUCAACGGGUCGGUGCUGGACAUCAGAGCCCCGGCAGACCAGGUCUGCACCGUCAGGCUGAUGAGCAUCGAGACCCGGGUCCCAUCUGCAGGUCAGCUGGUCAGGGAGGACGACUCCUACAACAGGAAGGGCCGACAGGCUGCAGCAUUCUGUCCGGGAAACAAACCCUGCCCACACGAUGCCACCGAGGUCCAUUUCCUGAAAACCAGCUGCCAGAACUUCUUGAACUCCGCCCUGAAGUACCAGCACCUCAGACCUCCGUCCCCUCAGAUCGAUUACAUCCCCAUCAGGGUGGAGCUGAGGGAGCAGCAUACCAGGGCCCUGAUGGAGACAGAGGCAGUGUGGUUGCCGGUUCAGAUCCACGGUGCGGUGCAGAACCAGCCCCCCCAGACCGCCUUCAUGGCCUCCCUCAUCCUGGAGGUGGACCAGUUCAUCCUCACCCCGCUCACCACUGCUGCUCUGGACGCCCAAGACCACGAAACGUCGCAGGAGAGGCUGGUUUUCAACGUGACCACCCCGCCUGCUGAGGGCUACAUCACCCACUUAGAUGAUCACACCAAGCCGCUCCGAUCCUUCACCUGGCUGGACCUCAACGACAUGAAGGUGGCCUACCAGCCCCCCAACAGCAGCCAGGCCCAGCGCAGGAACUACGAGGUGGAGUUCCAGGUAAUAGAUGGCUCUUUCAUGACCAGCCCCCCCAUCACGGUCCACAUCUCCAUCAGGGUAUCAGAAACAAACGCACCCCGAGUGUCCUGGAACAUGGGUCUUGACCUGCUGGAGGGUCAGUCCCGACCAAUCACGUGGGAGGAGCUUCAGAUAGUCGACAAUGACAACAUCGAUGCCGUCUACCUGGUAGCUGUGGAUGGACCCCUACACGGGUGGCUCGGUGUCAGAGGUGGAAAGGCCUUCAUGUUCCGCGUGCAGGACCUGAAGGAGGCAGUGGUGGUCUACCACCACUCUGACAGCGACUCGACCCGCGACCACAUUGUCUUCCGGAUCAGCGACGGCCGGCACAGCAUCCGACAUAAAUUUCCCAUCAACAUCCUCCCAAAGGAUGACUCUCCACCCUUCCUCAUCAAUAAUGUGGCAGUCGAGGUACAGGAAGGUGGGGCUGUGCGGCUCGAGGAGUACAUGCUGCUGGCCUCAGACAUGGACUCCAACGAUGAUUACAUUCUGUACAAAAUUGUCUCCGUCCCCCGAGUGGGGAAGUUACUUAGAAAGAGCUCCACCCAGGAGACAGCAGUAUCAGUGGACAGCUUCCUGCAGAGGGACCUCCUCCAGGGUCAGAUUUACUACCAGCACUCAGGAGAUGAGAUGUUUGAGGACUCCUUCGACUUCACAUUGUCCGACAGCCACCAGCCGCCCAAUCUCUCUCAGACAUAUACGUUGGUGGUCCAGGUCUUCCCAGUGAAGGAUCAGCUGCCGGUGGAGGUUUCUGGUACUGUUCGCUACCUGAUGGUGAAGGAGACGGAGGUGGUUUACAUCACGCAGGCUCACCUCCACUUCACUGAUAAGGAGAACCCAGAUGUAGACCUGACCUAUGUCAUCACACAGCCCUGCUUCAGCCUACUGCAUCCUGGACUGAUGGAUGCAGGACGUCUGUUCUACACCGACAGCACUAAUGCCAUGAAGAAAGAUCACAUGUUGCCGGUGCUAAAGUCCUUCACUCAGCAUGCAGUGAACCACAUGAAAGUGGCCUUCAUGCCUCCUAUGGAGGACGUGGGCCCCGAGCCACUCUUCGUUCAGUUCAUCUUCUCUGUCAGCGAUCGCCACGGCGGUACCAUCUCCGGUCUGAUCUUCAACAUCACCGUCACUCCCGUGGAUAACCAGGCACCAGAGGCCUUCACGAACCUGCUGAAGGUGGAGGAGGGGGGCAGCGCAUUUGUCACAGAAGAGCACCUCCUGGUCCAGGAUCAGGACAGUCGGGAUGAGGCGCUGAGGGUGGAGCUUCAGAUGGUGGCUCGUCAUGGCCGGCUGGAGCUACAAGGCCAAGCGCUGCUGCUGGGAGAUGGGUUCAUGCUGCAGGACCUGCAAAGACUACGGCUCAGGUACAUCCAUGACGACUCCGAGACCACAGAGGACGAGAUAAGUCUGAGGGUGACAGACGGUGUGAACUUUGUGGAUGUUGUCCUGCAGGUCCAGGUCCUGCUGAUGAACGAUGAGCCUCCCCAGCUGGGGGAGGAUCUACAAGUAGAGCUAAGCUGUUCAGAGGGGGGACAGGUCCAGGUGACGGUGGACUAUCUAUCGGCCACAGACCGGGACAGUGACGACUCCAGACUGACCUACAUGCUGGCCCGGAGGCCCAGCAGGGGGGACAUACAGAAAACUGGAAUUAACGUGGAGAAGUUCUCCCAGCAGGACCUACUGCAGGGACACAUUUACUACGUCCACUCAGGAGGAGAGAUCGGUCCUGAUCCAGUGUUUGAUACCGUCACCCUCAUCAUCUCUGACGGCGAAGCUGGGGAGGCGGAAAGCUGUUGCAACGGGAAUGCCCCGCCCCCACCAGUUCCUCUCCAUGGCACACUUCCUGUUUAUGACCUCAACGUGACGAUUCUUCCUGUCAACAACAAAGUUCCUACCAUCACUCUGGGUGAGUCCAUUUUGGUGGUGGAUGAAGGCUCGUCAGUUUGUCUGUGUGGAGGGGUCCUGGGAGCCUCGGACCCCGAUAGCCCUCCUGAUCACCUGACCUUUCACUUGGAAGCUCCUCCGCUUCACGGCUUCCUGGAGAACACGCUGCCGAUGCCCGGCUCAGAGAAGAGCAACGCCGGAGUGGGAGUGGAAUCCUUCAGCCAUGUCCACCUGACUUCAGGCUUCAUCAACUACAUUCAAUCGGUGCACAAGGGGGUGGAGCCAACAGUUGAUCAGCUGUCUAUCAGUGUGAGUGACGGGCUGUACCGCUCAGCCCCCGUUCUCUUCCACAUCAUCAUCAACCCAACCAAUGACGAGGCACCAUCCCUGCUGUUCGCCAACUUCUCUGUGAGGGAGGGUGGGAUCAGGGAACUGACUCCACCCAUACUGGAUGGGUUUGACCUGGAUGCCCCUCCAGACCUGCUGACCUUCAUGGUGGAACACCCACCGGCUCACGGUAGCCUGCUCAAUGGCAUCUACGGCACAGACGUAAGACACUACGAGGAGAUGGGAGCUAAACUGCUACAGAGGAGCCUCCAUGUCUCCUCCUUCACCCUGCAGGAGCUCCGACAAGGCAUGAGGAUCCUGUACAUACACGAUGACACAGAAACCCUGGAGGACACCGUGGUGCUGCGGCUGACAGAUGGUGUCCACACCGUGAAGGGGAGGGCUCGGGUCACCGUGCUGCCGGUCAACGACAACAAGCCACGGCUGCUCAGGAAUGGUGGGCUGGAUGUAGACUCUGGUGAGCGGAGAAUGAUCUCCAGCAUGGUUCUGGAAGCCAAGGACCUGGACACGCCCCCAGACCAGGUGUACUACUUCCUUAACGCAGCACCACGGCUUGGAAAACUGCAGCUGAAGACAGCGUCCGGUUGGACCCAACUGUUGGUCGGUCGGAACUUCACUCAGGAGGAUGUGGACAUGAACCGACUGUGGUACCAACACAUCACCGCUGCCAACACCGCUGGCUUCAAAGGUUAUGACAGCUUCCGCUUCACCCUCAGCGACAUGAACCACGAGUGUCCUGCUCAGAGCUUCUUCAUCUCUGUCCGCACCAUGCACAAAGGUGACAUUAUGCUGUUGAGUAAGGCAGCACACCUGAGGGAGGGGCAGCGCGUUGUCCUGAACACCAACAACCUGCUGGCGUCGGACUCUGCAGGUCAACCGGAGCAGCUGGUCUACUCGGUUUCUGUCCCGCCUCGACAUGGCCUGGUACACGAUGUGAAGCAGCCGGGUAUCUCGCUGACCAGUUUCACACAGCUGGACGUGGCGGCGCACAGAGUCUGCUACACCCACGACAACAGCCACAAUGCCAAGGUGGAUUCUUUCAGUUUUGUCGUCACCAAUGGCGACUCAUCCCGCAGCGGUACCGUCCUCUUCACCAUCGAGCAUGGUGACCACAUCGCGCCUACGCUGAGCCACAAUGCCGGCCUUCGACUGCACGGUGGCUCUACAGCAACCAUCACUGCUGAGCAGCUCCAGCUCACAGACCCCGACACUGCUGCCGCCAACCUGAGCUACAUCAUCACCCAGCCACCACGAUACGGUAAGCUACUGCUGAGAGGAGCACCGCUGCCCUCACCACCCAGGUUCACCCAGACCAACGUGGAUGAGCUGAACCUGGUUUACCAACAUAGCCCGAACAGCCCAGCAGAGAUCGACUGGUUCUACUUCCUGCCAAGUGAUGGAUCCAACAGGGGAUACCUGGAGUUUGGACAGCUGAGGGAGGAGCCUGCCGUCUUCAACAUACAGGUGGUUCAGGAGGACCGGAACCCUCCCAGCCUGACCACCAAGCAGAGUCCCAGCACCGUGGUGGAUCUAGGCAAUGGGCGCUUUGGCAUCUUCAUCACUGGCCGACAUCUGCAGGCCUCCGACCCCGACAGCCCCACGGAGCAGCUGCAGUUCUCCAUCAGCAGACCUCCUCGGUUUGGCUACCUAGAGAACGUCGCUACAGGAGCCUCCAUCAGAGGCCGGUUCACCCAGCAGGAUGUGGAUCAGCGGGCCGUGCUCUUCGUCCUCCCAGCAGACGUUGAGGUGACAACCGACAGCUUCUUGUUCAGCCUCAGCGAUUCGGCAGGAAACAGCUCUCCGCCCCAGACACUCAACCUGUCCUGGUCUCGUGUGGAGCUGUCGGCCCGCUGCUACCGAACCUGUGAGACGGCUGGAACGCUUCAGAUCCAGAUCCAGCGCAGUGGGAGGAGCAUGGAUCCCGCCUACGUGGCCAUUCAGGUGGAGGAAGGAUCAGCCAAACCAGGCAGAGAUUUCACUCACAGCUCAGCCGCUCUGAUCCAGUUUGACCCAGGUGUAAAAGUAAAGACUUGGAACAUCCAUCUGAUGGAUGACGGCCUUGAGGAGAACCAGGAGACCUUCACUGUAACCCUGAAAGACCCUCAAAAUGCCAUCCUUGGACAGAGAACAUCUGCCACUGUGGAGAUCAUCAACCCCAGACGAGGAAGGUGUGAUCCAGAUGACCUGAAAGUGGAAGAAGACCAGCUACCUCCUCCUCAUCCAGACCUCCCUGAUCCUCCCCAACCUGAGGAGGAGGAGGACCCCGUCACUGACAUCGAGGCAGAGCUGGUGUGGGAGAACCAGUCUCAUCCUCCCAGAGGAGAUGUCCCAAAACGCCAACCCUACCUGGACUACAGCGAGGUGGAGCCGCAGGACCAGGCAGCCUCCAGCUCCAAACAUGUCCACCGCCAUCAGGGUGGUCGGUUGCCAGGAGGAUCUGCUGGGAGCAGCAGAUCCAGGCUCAGAGGAGGAGGACAGGGGAGGUUCUCACCAACUGAAGGACAGUUUCAGAUGGAGACGUCCCUCAGCAGUUUGUGUCCUGACGGCUGGACUUUCUACAGGAAACGCUGCUACAUGGUCAGCUCAUCUGUGGCCAGCUGGGCCAGCGCCGACAGGACCUGCUCGCUACUGUUUAACAGCAGUCUGAGUGGCAUGCAGUCCAGGAAAGACAUCAGCUGGUUGUGGAGGUUCGUGGGGAAGAGGCCUUUCUGGAUUGGUCUUCCUGCAGGUCCAGAUGGCUGGAAAUGGGCUGACAGUCGACGUAUCUUCAGACAGAGGGGAGUGCUUUCAGGCCGUGGUGAGUCCGAGGUUGGCUUGGAGUGUGCGCUGGUUGAAAAUCCCAGAAGUUGGAUUCCCACAAGCUGCUCGGCUGAAACUCAGCACUCGUUCAUCUGUUCAGCGCCAGCUCAAACUCGCUGAGCAGACUUGCUGUGAGCACAUCCUCCAGGCGAUAACUCCCAGCAUGUCAUAUUUAAGGUCAUACAACAUGCUGCUCUGUACAUUAGUUCCAUAUUGUUACAAUAAAGUUGCUGCACAGCUGGAACAUUGCAAAGUUUUCUGAUUUCUGUCACACAAAUUGCUUACAGAAAUGAUCCUGGCAUCAGGCUGAGGCCUCUGAUACAUUACAUUGCUAAAGACUUUUUUAAUGGAUUAAUUUCAUGUUUACCUAAUAGGAGAAUCAGAAUUCUGGUGAAAGUUGACCCAAGCCAACAGAAUCAGGCUUUAAAGAUUAAAAUGUGGCAUAUAAAACCUAAAAAGCAAAUUCAUGGUCUG